AUGGAUAGCCUAUAUGGCGAUUUACCCCCACCAGUAUCAAGUAACAGCAACAAAAUUGGGAAAAAUAACGACAAAAAUAGUUCCAGUGAAGCAGAAAAGAAUGACUAUAUUGAAAUAAAUAAAUUUCUCAUCACACCAGCCAUUAUCCAAAAGAAAAUUGCAAACAUAAAAAAUGUGAAUAAAGAAAUGCAUAGUGAUCAAAAUGACAGGGAAGAUGAGACAGAGAAAUAUCCCAAGCAUAACCAUAUCGGCGCAGCUGAAGAUAGCUGUGACAGUGACAUUUACAUCGAUCGUGAUGUAAGACGUAAUGAAGAGAGGGCCACCUCAAACGGGGGAAAAAAUACUCCCAAUGGGGAGAAAACACAGGGAAAGGACGACGCACACAUUGAAAAAAUAAUUAACAUAAACAAAUCAGUACAGGAUGACUUAAAAAAAAUCAGUGACAGACUGCACAAAAUUCAACGCAGUAAUAUUCGGCCAGAACAAAAUACCUCCACAAAUCAACUGAAUGGUCAGAUAAUUCCUGCAAAAGUGGAAAUAACUACAAACAUCGAAGUGAACAUAAAAAAGGGAAAGUUACAAGACCACAACAGUGGCAGUAACAGAAACAACGCAGGUGCAAGGGAACCGGCACCCCCUUCGACUGAUCAUUUCCAAACCGAUCUGUACGAAAAAUACUUCAUCGCAAACGCGAAUGAAGAUUAUGAUCCGAACAAACCAAACGAUUUGAACAAAAUUAUAAAAGAAAGAAAAAGGAAAAAAAUAAUCAUGCUAGCUGCACAGAAGAAAAAGCUAGAAGAGCAACGACAUUUGGAAGAAACAAACAAAAUGGACAGUAAAAAUGAACAUAAUGAAUAUGAUCGGAAAAAAAAUUAUUAUGGAUAUGACCAACCAAAUGGUGCCACUGCUGCAAGUAAAUUCCCAUUCGAUUCUGAUCAUAACAACAGGAGUUACACAAAUAGUGGAAUGCCACUACUACAUGAUGAGGAGAAAGAGCGGAAUAGAGGUAGCCUAUAUAACCACUACGACGUAAGCGGAAGGAACUUUUCUGCGAGGGGGGAAUACAACCCCAGGGAGCGGACCGAAAGGGACAAACCUUCAUAUGACGAUAAAGAAUAUGAGAAGGAAAGCAAAACGAGUGAUAAAUUUUACGAAAUUGCUAAUCGGACGAAAUUAUCCGAUCCAAGUAAUGAUGAUUACACCAAGAAAAACAAAGAAGUAACAAAUGACACAAGUGAAGUAGCAGCUCCAGUCAAAAAAGAUUUUGCUACAAGGAUGAUGGAAAAAAUGGGAUGGAAAAAGGGAGAAGGGCUGGGAAAAGACAAGCAAGGUAUUACGGCCCCCCUAAUUCUGCAAAAGGUCGACAAGAGAAGUGGUGUAAUCGUGCAGGCACCUGAUAUUUUAAAAAAACAUAAAUCCAGUGAUAGUCAGGACGACAAUAAUGAUGAUGGCAAUACCCUUUCAAAAUCGAAUGCAAACUUAGCACAUUCUAAUCAUGGUCUAAGUAAUAACACGUCUAGGAUUAUUCGCCUAUCCAAUCUCGUCACGAAAGGCGAAGUUGACGAGACACUGAAGGAAGAAAUAGAAGAGGAAGCCUCGAAAUUUGGAAACCUCCUAAACAUAAAUAUUGCCAUUGAUAAUAACUUAACUGAUGCCUAUGCCGUUAAAAUAUUUUGUGAGUACGAAUCGAAUGAUCAGGCGCAGAAUGCUUUGAACACAUUUAAGGGUAGAACCUUCGCCGGCAGGAAAGUCGAGGCUAUCUUUGCCACCGAGGAGGAGUACCUCUCCUAUGGAAAAGCCUCCUAA